AUAUUAGAGAAAAGGAGUGCAGACAACAAAUUGAUAUUUGAUGUUCGUGUUGGAGAAAACGGAAUAGAAUUUUUAUAUUUAAGUUCAUUGUCAGUUCGUCCAUUAUCAGUCUCAGUUAAAGAUACAGUGGCAUUGAAAAAAUGGCAUCAUUUAGCAAUUCAGGUGUACAGAACUACUAUAAGUUUCUUUUUAAAUGGACCCAGAGUUGGCUUAUCCUCCCUGUCUACUACAGAGUUAGGUAGUGUCAUACAAGACUCUGUAGGUUCUUAUAGAAUUGGCCAAACUGCUGAAGGAUUAGCUCCCUUUAAAGGUCGACUUCAAGAUUUUCAAUUUUAUCAAGAAUUACUCACCAACAGAGAAAUAGCAGAGCUGUUUUCUGGAACAUUUCCAGAAGCCAGAAUACAGACAGAUUGCCGAUGUCCCCCCACUCAUCCACGAGUCAAACCUCAACAGACACACUACUGUAUUCCUAAUGGUGUCCCAGACAACUCAGGGGUGGAAACAUUACGAAUUAAUGAUGAAGCUCAUCCACUAGAGUUCGCUAACGACGGGGAUAGUAAUACCGUCUGGAUUUCUAAGUUUCAAGAUAAGGUUGAUGUUACUGUUGACCUUGGAGAUGAAUUUCAAGUAUUUUAUGUAGUCAUACAAUUCUACAGUCCUCUACCGAAAGCUGUUACAAUCGAACGACAGAUAAACCAAUCAGACGUUUGGGAACCAUGGCAAUAUUACGCUCAAGAUUGCCCAAAAUAUUUUACUGGUCAGGUCAACAACGGUGAAACUGCGACAUCUUUGUCCGUUAAUUGUUUGCAAUUUGGAACCAAUAAUUUACAGACACCAUAUUCUAGAGGAAAUAUAACCUUUAAUAUCUUGUCAUCUGAACCAGUCCCAAGACCUGGAUAUAAUGAUUUUUAUAACACACUAGAAUUACAUGAAUUUGUUAAAGCCUCUCGUAUACGAGUCCGAUUUGAAGAUCAUUACUUUGUGACAAACAUUCGACAUGAAUAUUUUGGUGUUUUUGAAUAUGCUGUUAGUGCAAGGUGUAACUGUCAUGGCCAUAGUGAAACUUGUGAUAUGUCAACUCUACCUUAUAAAUGUAACUGUUUACCAGCCUCUAAUACACAGGGCAACCAGUGUGAAAAAUGUCUGCCAUUAUAUAACAACAAACCAUUCCGUGUUGGAGACCAAACAAAGGAUUAUAACUGUCAAUUAUGUCAAUGUUAUAACCACGCUACCAGUUGUUAUUACAACGCUUCAUAUGAUUCGUUCCCGACUGAUCAUGAUCGUGGAGGGGGCGGAGUCUGUGUUGACUGUCAACACAACACAGAAGGACAGAUGUGUGAUGUAUGUAAAUUGACAUAUUUUCGACCAAUCGGUAAAAGUCUUUAUGAUGCUGAUGUCUGCCAGAAUUGUAAUUGUAAUGCAACUGGAAUGGUUUCUGAAACUCAACAAUGUGAAAAGAUUGGAGGUCAGUGUCCGUGUAAAGAAAAAGUAUCUGGAAGAGAUUGUAGUGUUUGUUUAGAUGGGUUUUAUAACAUACAACCAACCAACCCAGUCGGAUGUGAGGAAUGCGGGUGUAAUGUUGAUGCUACUAUCAAUGCUGACAAGUCAUGUGACAUUGAAACAGGACAAUGUAAUUGUAAACGUAACGUAAGAAAUCGAAAUUGUGAUGAAUGUGAAUAUGGUUUCUAUAAUUUGACGUCAGAAAAUGAAUUUGGCUGUCAACCGUGUCAGUGUAACCCUAUGGGGUCACAGAGUAUUUACUGCGAUCCUGACUCAGGACAGUGUCAAUGUAAGGAGAACAUCAUUGGUUUGAAGUGUGACCGCUGUGCUGAUAAUUUUUACAAUUUUAGCCUCGGAUGCAUUCCGUGUAAUUGUAAUAAGGAUGGUAUUGAACCUGGAUCUGUGUGUGAUCAUGUAACAGGACAAUGUGUCUGCAAACAACAAGUAGGAGGUCGUCAGUGUAAUACUUGUAAAGAAGGAGCAUACGGUUUCGGCAGUUCGCCAAACACUGGGUGUGAGAUUUGUACGUGUAACCUUGCUGGCAUUGAGGGAGAUGAGGCAUCAUGUGACUUUGAAACAGGAAGUUGUAAAUGUAAAGAGAGGGUAAUAGGACGAAUGUGUAAUCGAUGUGAUGGGAAUACAUGGGGUUUAAAUGAAACAAACCCUCUCGGUUGUGAACUGUGCAAUUGUGAUCCGACAGGAACCAAACUCGGUGAGACUACGUCCCCUGAUACACUUGCCUGCAAUAAUAAAAAUGGACAGUGUAGUUGUUUAGCCAAUAGAUUUGGAAGACAAUGUGAACAGUGUGUUACAGGGUAUUUCAACUCAGAGACACCUGGUGGUGGUUGUGAGCCAUGUGGAUGUCAAGAGAAGGGAACUCUGCCUGGUACAAUGUGUAAUACAACAAAUGGACAGUGUGAAUGCUAUAGAGGUCGAGGCCUGACAGGUAGAACAUGUUCAGAAUGCGAGAAUGGUUUUUAUGGUUUCGAUGAGAAACAAGGAGAGUGUUCAAAAUGUCUAUGUUUAGAGGCCGGAAGUGUUAAUCAGACGUGUCAGAGCAUUAGUGGACAGUGUUAUUGUAAAGAAUUUGUAACGGGCCGCCAGUGCGAUAUUUGUGUUCAAGGUUCAAGUAAACUGGAGAUGAGCAACCCCUUUGGUUGUAGCAAAUCCCCGUCCCAGCAACCACCACCAACUCACGUAGCAUUGAGUUCUACUGAGUUAUUAUUAGAGUGGGGACCCCCAGACUAUCCUAAUGGUGUAAUUUAUCAAUAUAAUGUAAUACGUGAUGUCAUUUUCGUACAUCUUACAAAUUUAUUUUCAGUUUCUGCCUUCAAUGAUACUGGAUUACUUCCCUACACAUCGUACACCUACCAGAUUGAGGCUAUCAAUGCCUUUGGUUCCGUUAGAAGUACUCCUGUCAUAUUCAGAACAUUGGAAGGAUUUCCAUCUUCAGAUGCAGUUCUGCAAGUUUUUGACAUCAAACCUAAAUCAGCAUCCUUCAGAUGGACAGAACCAUCAGAAAUGAAUGGACCACUAUUGAAAUAUAAGUUAGUAUCUCAGACAAGCGGUGCAUCAGAUGUGGAAAAGGUUCAUUGGGAAGGCACAUCAAGGGAAGUAACUCUGACAUCAUUGAUACCUUUCACAAAAUACAACAUGUCUGUUGAGGCAUGUACAGCUGGAGGAUGUACCAAAAGCAGUCCAAUUUUAGUCAACACUCCCUCGUCUGUACCUGAAGGUCAAAGGUCACCAAAUAUCACUGCUAUCAACAACACUGCUCUAUUUAUAAACUGGGACUAUCCAAUUAAUCCAAAUGGAAUAAUCAUUUUCUAUGAGCUGUGGAUGCAAGGAAUGCCAGGACCGAAUGGCAUUAGAAAUCCUGAAAGUAAAAGAGUCUUUGUGAGUAGUGGUCAGUACAACCCAAGAGUGGUUGACACUCCAGAAGAAAAUGCCCUUCCACCUCCUGACACAAAUUACACAGUAACAGACCUGGAACCCUUCACAGAAUAUGAAUUUCAAGUUUUGGCCCAGAAUGAUGCUGGCAAAGCAGCUAGUCCAUGGACUGUUGGUAGGACUGGGGAAGCAUUACCUAAUGCGAUGGGAGCUCCAGUAGUAGAGGGACUAUCUAGUUCCCAGUUGAAAGUAUCCUGGACAGAGCCCCCACCUAAAGAUGCCAGAGGAGUUAUAUUGAUAUACCAUGUCUACCAUUUUGUUAAAACUGAUUUGACUCAAGAUCAAUUUGCUCCACCAUUUCAAUGGAAGCUUGUGUCUACAUCUAAUGGAAGUGUUUAUAGUACAUUAAUAGAUGGUCUAACGCCCUAUUCUCAACAUAAUUUUAAAAUCGGUGCGUGUAACAGUGUCGGUUGUGUAAAUUCAACAUCAGCCAGUGGACGUUUGUUACCUGCAGCACCAGAAGGGGUUGUUAAGCCGACUGCUGAUGGCUAUAAUUCUACGGUGAUGUCCAUUCGCUGGCCAGAACCAACCUUCCCGAACGGACCAUCACCAAACUACGUGGUAGAGAAAACAUCUAUAGCAUUGAGUUACCCUCCACAAGUUGAUAAGGGUACUCGCUUCCCAGGAGGGGGUUAUUAUAUAUUCCCUUCAUCUGUUCUUCCACAGAGUGUUUCCUUUACUGGUAUAAGACUAUCUUUCCGACUGAAGAGUCAAAGUGGUUUACUGUUAUUUGCUGCUACGGAAACACAAGAAGAAUUCAUCGCGAUACAGUUUGACGAGGGCAGACCAAAAUUUUUAUUUGACACUCAGGGUAAUAUUGGAUAUAUAACCACAACCAAUGAUGAAGGGUUACGGUAUACUAAUGGUGAUUGGUACUAUAUGACUAUUAGGCGCUCUGGAAUACACGGUACUAUGUUGAUAGACGCCAAUUUGAUUCGAGAUACAGGAUGCCAGUCAACCAGCGUAAUUGGGCAGACGACAGCUAUCUAUGUCGGAGGCCUGCCCCCAGAUUUUGUAAUAAAAAGAAAUGACAGAAGAGCUAGUAUCCAAAGAACAGGUUUCCAGGGCUGCCUGAGUGGAAUAGAAAUUUUACAACAAGAAUCACCGUUUGAGGUUUGGAAGAAGUUGGAUUGGAAAUCAGCAGAAGCUAAUGAAUUGGCUUUCUUGAAUUGGGAAGGUUGCCCUGUUAAUUUAGACAAAGGUCUUCACUUUCUCGGACAGGGUAAGCAUCAUAGAAAAAUGAUUGGGGGAGAUGAAGUUGAAGUUCAGUUUCAAUUCCGUACAGCGCUACAUACUGGUCUUCUCUUCUUUACCUAUGGUGGUACAGGCAUUUAUAUGUACGCAGGAUUGAUCCAGGGUGACCUCUAUUUUGAAUUCAGUAAUGGAGUGAAACGUGGAAGCGUCACAUACACUGAUCCUGAUAUAAAUUUCUGUGAUGGAAAUUGGCGACAGGUUUACUUCCGUAAGACAGGCUUCCUGGCAAAUAUUACCAUUGAAAAUGGUGCCACAACAUUGAGUGGAGAUGCAGAGACUAGUUUUGACGUACCAACAGCUUCCAGUGUGUACGUUGGUGGAAUACCACAACAAUCAGAAGCCAAACAAUUUAUGGCUAAGAGUCUCAAAUUUGAUAAAUUUUCAGGUUUUGGUGGAUGUAUCGCGUUCUUUUUAGUCAAUACUAAAUUAUUUGAGUUCUACAAAGAGGCUGUAGAAGUGGUCAAUGUAAAUAUGGAUGGGUGUGCCCCGUUUUUUCUGCCUAAUGAUACCUGUAAAGAUAAUCUCAUAACCCAGGUGUAUGAAGGGGUGGAACGAGAAACAUUUGAUAUCGGGUUACAACCCUAUACAGAUUAUAUAUAUAGAGUAACAGCCACCAAUGAAGUUGGAUCAGGCAGUAGUGCUUGGGGAUACGGUCGAACUAAGGAAGGAGCUCCUGUUGGGGUUAAUGAACCGUAUGAAGCUAAAGCUUUGUCAGGUUAUACAAUACAAGCCGAGUGGAACCGACCAGAUAGUACUUCUGGUUUAUUAACCAAGUUCAUUUUGAUUGGCUAUGUCAGUCAGAAUGACAGUAUUGAACCAAUCACACAAGAGUUUACUGAUACUAAAAUAAGAACUGGAAAUCUAACUAACUGUGUACCUUACACUGACUAUCUAGUAAAGAUUAUAGCGUGUACAGCAGGAGGGUGUACUGAAAGUGAGGAAGGAGUUUUAGUUAGAACUCUAGCUGAAGCCCCGGAACAAGUUCCAGCUCCUACAGCAGACGUACAAACCACAUCAAUGAUAGUAAAAUGGGAGGAGCCUGGGAGACCAAAUGGGUUGAUUUCUGGAUAUUAUCUCUUUCAAGAUGAUGUUAAAGUCUAUGAGGGUGGGGAAAAUUUCUUUGAGUUGAAAAAUCUGCAGGUUUACACAUCAUAUAGAUUUUUUGUGCGAGCCUGUACUAGUGCUGGGUGUACGUCUGGUCCUACUGUAACCUUGACAACAGCUCAGCUGCCACCAACCUCUGUUCUACCUCCUGUUCUUCAAGUUUUAGGCACCAACAGAAUUGAUGUAAGAUGGAAGACACCAGAUCAAGCUAAUGGUGCUUUGGAAAGAUAUGUUUUAUUGGUGUCGACUAUUGCAGGUCAAGAUGGCACAGAUCUGUAUAAUAGUACAGAACUAUUUUUAUCAACGGUUCUGACAAAUCUUACUGCUGGAACUCAAUAUUUUAUCAGAUUAUCGGCCUGUACAGGUGGUGGGUGUACAACCAGUGAUGUUGUCAAUGCUACAACAGAAGAGAGCGCUCCAGAUGGAAUACCAGAUCCUGUAGUCACCUCCCCUUCUUGGGCCGAACUUGAAGUAUCAUGGGGCAUACCAGCUUUACCAAAUGGUAUAAUUUUACGCUAUGAGUUGUAUCACAAUAAAAAAAUAGUUCACAGUUCUUUGGUUAGAGAGUACAGAAUUGAUAAUCUUCAACCUUAUAGUUUACACGAAUUCCGCGUGGCAGCCUGUACCAUAAAAGGGUGUGGUUUCAGUAAUGAGGUACAGGCAAGAACUAUGGAGGCGCCACCUGAAGGUCUUAUAGUUUUAGAAGUGGUUGGGAUAAAUUCCAGAGCCGUCAACACUAGUUGGUCAGCUCCUGCUAAAACAAAUGGACGUUUAUUUUAUGAUGUGUAUUUUGAAGGACUGUAUUACAAAGAUCCAGAAAAAAUGGAUUAUAGAACAGAUACACUAAGAAAGAGUUUAUUACAAGUAGAAGAGGCAUAUAAAUGGUUUAAUAUUAGUAAUCUAAUACCAUUAUCUCAGUAUUCUAUACAAGUUAAUGCUUCUAAUACCAAGGGUUUUAUACUGAGUAAUGUUGUACUAUUUACCUUACCUCCUGGAACUCCAGAUGGUGUUAGCCCUCCUCAACUUGUGUCAGAAACCCCGAAUUCAAUCAAAGCACAAUGGCCGCCAGUUGGUAGAGUUAAUGCUGAUGAAGAGCCAUCUUACAUUCUACAAUUUAGAGAAGACAGACAAGAUGCCAUGAUUCAGGAUAUAUUUGGACCAACAUCAACAUUAUUGUUUACAAAAGAAAACCUGUUGGCGUUUACAACUUAUCAAUUUAGAGUGAAAGCAUCCAACACUAGAGGUUCAACUAUAUCUGAAUGGGCUAGCCAAGUCACUAAGCAGGAUCGUCCAGUUGGUGUAAACCCACCACAGAUAGUCAAUAUAAACAUGAGGUAUAUAGAUUUAAAAUGGUCACAACCCUUCUCUCCCAACGGUAUCAUCAUGCAUUUUAAUAUUUACCAGAAUUCUCAACUACGUGCCAAGGUGGAAGCCAAUGUAACUAGUGAGAGAAUCGACAAUCUACUACCCUACUCUUACUACAUAUUUAAAAUAGAGGCCUGUACACUUGGGGGCUGUACCAAAAGUGAUGAGUCACUUCGAGUCCGAACCUUACAAGCAGCUCCUGAAUUUGAUGAAGGUCCAACUGUUAUAUCGCUGACUCCUGCGUCUGUUGAGAUCAAGUGGAAAGAACCAAUCAGACCAAACGGUGUGAUCACUUCGUACUCUGUAGAAAGAAGAGUAAAUGGUAGUGAAGCUGGUACAGUUUUGAUUUCAACGCCUGCCACUGUAUUAAGUUACAUCGAUGAAGAUCCAUUUUUAUCUCCCUUUACUAGCUAUGAUUAUCGUGUUGCUGCUGAAAACUUUGCUGGAGCUGGUUACAGUCCUUGGACAACAGUUGUUACAAAACCAUCUAGACCAUCAGGAGUUAUGGCCCCUGAAGUUCAAGUUAUCAACUCUACAGCAAUAACUGUCAAAUGGACAACACCUAUUAAAGACAAUGGAUUAUUAGAGUUUUAUAUCAUACGCCUACCAGAACCAAGAGUUGAGAUUCGGAAUACAUCACAGUUAGAAACUGUUAUUAGUGGACUGACGCCAUUCACAGAUUAUUCUGUUACCCUCACAGCCUGUACUUCUGGAGGGUGUAGUGAAAGUGUAGCAGUUCCUGUGAAGACUCUAGCAGCCAUCCCUGGUGGAAUUGCUGCACCCAAUCCUAUAGCAGUAUCGCAGUUAAUAAUAUCCAUCACCUGGCAACCACCAUCACAACCAAAUGGACAAAUCAUUGCUUAUGAAUUGUCUAGACAGAAGAUAGCUCAACCUCUUGAUCCGACAGUAACAGAUAUAGGAGAAUGGAGUAGAGUUUAUAGUGGUAAAGGAUUAUUUUAUGAAGAUCGAGGACUGACUAUGUUUACCACUUAUAUCUACCGUGUUACAGUCUUCAAUGGUAUUGGUCAGAUUACCAGUGAUUCAUCUAAAAAUGUAACAACAUUUGGAGGGUUGCCACGCCGUCCUGCUGUUGUCGCCGCUACUCCUACCAGCCAUCUGACUAUUAAAGUAGACUGGCAAACUCCAGACCCAGUAGAUCUACAAGGUGAGGUGGAGAAGAUUGGGAUUGUAGCGAGAUCAACCUCUGGGAAUGUAACUGCCGAGCCACCACCAGAUGCAAAUAGUUAUAUACUAGAGAACCUGUCUCCUGAUACAGAAUACAGUAUAACAGUCAAAUUGACCAUCUACGGUGGAGAAUCUAUUACCAGCAACCCUGUUACAGCUCGAACUAUGAAUGGAGCCCCUGAGGGAAUUGAACCUCCAGUUUUAACAGUUUUGAGUGACACCAGUCUCCGAGUCUCAUGGAGUCAACCUAGUCAAAGUAAUGGGCAGAUUGUAAAUUAUAAUAUAUAUAUUAAUAAUGAUAUACGCUCUACCAAUAUGUCAACUCCUGGCUCUAUUAUACUCAAUGAUUUACAGCCAUUUACUGUUUAUCGCAUAAAGGUUGAAGCAUGUACCCAAUUUAAAUGUGCAUCAAGUGACCCAACAUUGGGUACCACAUCUGAAUCCUUACCCCAAGGUUUAGCUAACCCUACCCUAGAGGCAUUGAGCCCCACAUCAGUACGUAUCAACUGGGCUAAACCACAGCAAGAGAAUGGUAUCAUCAGAAAUUAUGAAUUGUCAAGAAAAACUCUAAAAAAAUGUUCUGAAAUAUCAGAGCCGCAGGUGAAUCCAGAGCUUACAAAAUGUACAUAUAUAGAAUGUAGUAUUUUAGAGAGUCGUUGUGGUAAUAAAUGUUAUACAGGUCAAAAGAGAUGUUGUAAUGGGGUAAUCCAUGAUGCUAUAUUUGGAUAUGAAUGUUGCGAGAGUCAGUAUGUACCCAAACCUUCUGUAGAUGCUGUUUGCUGUGGUGGUAAAUUCUACAAUCCCUUACCCAACUAUAAAUGUUGUGGUAAAAGAUAUAUUUUGGUAGAAGCUGGGACUAUUUGCUGUGGUGAUUCUCUAGAGGAUAGAGUAACAAUAGGUUAUGGUGAUUCUUGUUGUGGAUCUGUACCCUAUUCUACUACAGGCUCACAAAUCUGUUGUACAGGAACUCUUUAUGGUGGCUAUAAUAAACAAUGUUGUGGUGGUCAGGUUGUAAGUCAGUCAGCCAUUUGUUGUGGUAAUGAUACCAGUGGUGAUGUCUAUUUACCACAAUCACAGAAAACAUGCUGUGGAAGAAAAUAUGUGGAUCAACAAACCACUUUGUGUUGUACCAGUGACACUGAACAUACUAAGGUAAGAACAAAUAUGGUCAAUCUUAAAACGACAGCCAAUGAAAAAUGUUGUGGAAUGGAGAGAAUUGGUCAAAGUUUAAGUUGCUGUAAUUAUGUGGGUUAUAAUCCAGCUACACAAGUCUGCUCUGAUAAGUCAAGUACUUUACAAGGUUGUGGAACUGGUACAGUGUGUCCUAUCAGUCAGACCAGUACAGCUGUUUGUAAUCGAUGUGAUUUUAAUUCGGCUACCCAAUUGUGUGGUGCUGUCACAGGCUUUUAUACCAACCAACCUCCAACUAUACCCAGUACAGACGACAUGUGUAUAGUGGAUAUAUCAACUGUUUUUACUGGUUUACAACUUACUUAUACUGAUACUGAUUUGACUGCGUUCACCCGGUAUGAGUAUUCUGUUACUGUAUCUAAUAAUGCUGGCAGUAUCAGUUCUGAAUAUGUCGGUAUUAAGACAUUACCAGCGCCACCUGAAAAUGUUAAACCACCCAAUACUCGUGUCAAUCCAGAGCAAUUAUAUGCUGUUUAUCUAACUUGGGAAACACCUGGUAAACCCAAUGGGGAGAUAACCCAGUAUUUACUGAGAAGAAACAAUGUUGAGCUAUAUCGUGGUACGAGAUUGAUGUAUACAGAUGAUAAUAAUAUAUUACCAUAUCAAACCUAUACCUAUAAACUAACUGUGUGUAAUAUCGCAGGUUGUACGGACUCUAAUUCUGUUCAAGUAGCCACUGCAGAAUCUGCACCUGAAGGUCUGAGUGCACCAGUACCACAACCUGUUAAUUCGACAGCUAUACGAAUCACUUGGUCACCCCCAACUAAACCUAAUGGUUUAUUGUUAGGCUAUACUGUUAUUAUUUAUGGCAAGAGAUCAACAUUUGGAGCAGACGUUCAGGAGUAUUUAGUGACAGGUUUGGUACCAUAUAAAGAAUACCAGGUCAGUUUGGAAGCAUGUACUGUUGCAGGAUGUACCAAAACUGAUGAUGUGACUGCUAAAACUUUGGAAGCCCUACCUCAAGGUCUGGCAGCUCCAAAAACUAUCAUCAUUGAUUCAACAGCAGUGGAAGUAUACUGGACAAAACCACAAGCGGAGAAUGGGUUGAUCAUCAAAUAUAUUCUGAUCCGACGAAAGGAUGGAAUCGAAUCAGUAGCUUAUCGAGGAACAGAGUUGGUCACUCAGGAUCUUGCUUUGCUUCCAGAAACCACCUAUGAAUAUGCUGUAGAGGCUGAGAACUCAGCUGGGAAGAUUCGAAGUGGGUUUACAUCAGUUAUUACACCUAAACGAACCCCAGCGUAUGUCCCACCACCAAAGAAUGUAACAGCAGUGAGCUCCACAGCAGUUUUUAUAGACUGGGAUCCAGUAGCUGUGAGUGGGGUUGUGGACCAGUAUCGUGUAUUAUUAACAGAAGGAGCAACUGUGGCAAUUGACAGAAGCAUUGGACUUGAUACAAGUACAACUAUCAGUGGUCUCAAGCCUUAUACGGAAUACAAUGUUCGACUUCAGGUGUGUCUGAUGGGAGUGAUCAAUGGUUGUGGAACUGGACAAGGUGUCAAGGUACGAACCUUUGAAGCUCCUCCCCUUGGAAUGGCAGCACCUGCUUUAGAAGCUAAAGCAUCAGAUUCCAUACUGGUCUCGUGGAAAGUUCCAGAGCAGCCAAAUGGGGUGAUUAAAAGGUAUUUGGUAUACAAGAGAAAAUUCGGCGAAACGUCAGACAUUAUUGUUAAUGAAUCUCCUGGCAUUGAUCUAAGCUUUACUCAUGCUGGUCGAGAUCUUUUGCCUUUCACCACUUAUGAAUACAGAAUUGUGGCAUAUAAUGGGGUUGGUGAUGUCUCCAGUGAUUGGUCAAGAGUGAGAACAUUGGAAGCAGUCCCUGAAGGAUUUUCUACUCCUACUAUUGACUCAUCUGAUGCUCAUGGAUUUAGAAUAUCAUGGAAUCCACCAACCAAACCGAACGGGAUCAUCACUAUGUACAAUGUUUAUUACAAAGAGAUCAACUCUGAUCCAACAAUACAGUCACCUUAUAUGAUGGUAUCUGUAAAUACUACUUCUACCUCAGUGAGUGGGCUGAAGCCAUAUUCGGAAUAUGAUGUCCGCGUGGAGGCAGUGAAUUCAGCUGGUGGUGUGUCAUCCAUUAAUGUACGAGUUCAAACUAUGCAGUCAUCACCUGCAGGUUUAUUGGAUUUCAGUAUUGAGAAGAUUGAUUCUGGACAAGCGUUGAUUCUGCGAUGGAAUCCUCCAUUAAAACCAAAUGGCGUUAUCAGUAAUUAUAAAAUCUAUGAAGAUGGUGUCAUAAACCCUGUUUAUCAAGGUCUGAACAGAGAAUUUGAAUUUCGUAGACUGGAACCCUACACAGAGUACACUGUUAGUUUGGAAGCUUGUACUUCUACUGGCUGCACCAAGGGUAAGCAGCAGACAUUUAGAACUGCAGAGACCCUCCCAUCAAUUCAACCUAGUCCAACUACAGGUCUUGUCAAUGCCACCCAUGUCCUGUUGAAAUGGGUACCACCAGUGAACCCUAAUGGAAAGAUUCUGUCCUAUGAGGUGCUUAGAAGGCAAUCAGUUACCAGAAGAAAAAGGGAUAUAUCUGACCCCCAAAUUGUCUACAAAACAUUGGAUACAUCUAAGCCUGAAUACGAAUUUAUGGAUAGUGGCUUGAAGCCUAAUAGUAAUUAUGAAUACCAAGUGAGGGCAACUAAUGCCAAAGGAUCAACAACAAGUCCGUGGAUAUCAGUGUCUACUGGGGAAGCUGCUCCAGAUGGAGUCCAACCGCCUAGAGUAUCUCACAUUGGCCAGAGUGUCAACAUGCUGUUAGUGGAAUGGGAUGAACCAGCUCAACCAAAUGGAGUCAUUCAAAGGUAUCAGAUAAAGCGAAACAGCAGCAUUCCUUUCAGUUUUGGAGCCAGUGAUGCACGUAGCUUCACAGACUCUGGUCUAGAGCCGUUCACAUGGUAUGAAUACACUCUUACUGCUUGUUCUGGAGGUGGAUGCACUCCAAGUGAUCCUACCUUUAUCAGAACUAAAGAGAGUGCUCCACUGAAGGUCUCUCCUCCAGAUGUCACUGCAGUCAACUCAACAGCUGUCAAAGUCACAUGGACCAAACCUCAAGUUACAAAUGGGGCAAUAACAUUAUAUGUCCUCUAUAUGGAUGGAAGCAAGAUUUAUGAAGGUCUUAAUCUUGAGCAUACUGUGAGUGGACUGUUACCAUAUAAUCUAUACAGAUUUUAUCUUCAAGCCUGUACCAAUGGUGGAUGUGCUUCAAGCACCGAAACUUCAGGACGUCCAGAUGAUUCUAAACCAGAGGAUAUGAGGACACCAACAUUAAGAGUUAUGAGUUCAACGUCCAUAGAAGUCUCAUGGCGCCCCCCACAGAGAUCUAAUGGUAUCAUAUCAUCUUAUGACGUUCGUAGAGGAGAUCAGUUGAUUUAUACAGAAAGUUUAAGCUCUUCUGGAACUCUGAAGACAUCCCAUACAGAUUACUCCCUUCUACCAGGAGAAGAAUACACCUACACUGUUAUUGCUAGAAACAGAAAGGGUAGUGCUGUCAGUCCACCAGCUACAGCUCGAACUUAUGCUUCAUCACCUAGUGGGCUUGAUCCCCCAUCUUUAGUAGCUUUGUCAUCAACAUCCGUUCAAGCAACUUGGAAAUCUCCCAUCAGACCUAAUGGAGUGCUUGUAAAUUACACACUGUUCCAAGGAAACGACAGAGUCUAUUCUGGACCUCCCAACAAGUUGUCAUACAUCGUACCAGGUCUUCAAUACUGGACAGAGCACACUUUCAGAAUACAAGCUUGUACUGUACGAGGCUGUGAACUCAGUGAAGAUGCCACUGUACGAACAUUAGAAGCUAUACCAGAAGAACAGGGAAAGCCGUCAUUGCUACCACUAGCAGAUGAAAACGGUGCAUCUGAUGGAGUAUUUAUAACAUGGGAUCCACCAUUGAAACCAAAUGGUGUUAUUAAAAGAUACGAUGUUAAAAGAAGACUGGUUGUUAGAGAUUCAACAGGUGUUAUCUAUGGUGAUGAGUUGCUAGUAUAUAACGGUACAGCAAACCAACAUACUGACAGAAGUCCUUCCCUACUUCCUUUCACAGAGUACCAAUAUCUAGUUUCUUCAUUCAACAGUAUUGGUCGCGCCACUAGUCUCUGGGAAUCUGUCACUACUAAAGAGGCACCACCUACUUUCGUACCGACACCAACUGUUACAGGUACAACGUCAACGACUAUCGAUGUUACCAUCAUGGCUCCAGCUCAACCCAAUGGUAUUAUUAGAUUGUAUAAUAUAGUAGCUAAUGGUACAGUGGUAAGCAUUGGUUCAGUCCUACCCUUGUCACCAUUCACUACCUAUUCUCUGAAAGUCAGAGCCUGUACUGGUGGAGGAUGUACAGAUAGCAGUCCUGUAACAGCUAAAACAGGUACAGCAAAACCCUCCGGCCUAGAACCUUUGGUAGCAACUUCUCUCAACAGUACCAGUGUUAAACUAACCUGGUCUCAACCACUCCAACCUAAUGGGCAAAUAAUAAGAUAUUUGGUAUUUGAGAGAACAGCAUGUCCACUGACAGCUCAACCGUAUGAAGAAUCAUGUGUACCAGGUGAUUCUAGAAAAGUUUAUGAAGGACAAGAGUUAGUGACGACAGUAGCCUCAUUAGAACCAUACACAGCUUACGAAUAUCAACUACAGGCUGAAAAUCAAGCUGGUGGAGUUGACUUUCCAACUUGGGUUAGAGUUGAAACAGCUGCCUCUGAUCCUAAGUAUAUGAAGAUACCAGUACUAACACAGAAUGACACUAAAGCUGUGAUUGAUUGGACAGAAAGUUUUAUAUUAAACAGUAAAUUACGAGAGUAUAUUUUGUCAGUUGACGGUGUGGUAAAAUUCCGAGGUAUAACAACUGUUUAUGGUGAGGAGAGACGUACUAAAACUCAAGGUAUAUUUUUUAUCCAGGCAGUGACAGAGGUGGGAGAAGCUGAAACACCAUCUGUAAUAUUUGAUCCUGGAGCAGCAGACAACUUAGGAACCACAACAGUGCCACCAGCAGUGACAGAAAAACAGUCAGAUGAGAUUCCAUUUUACCAGGAAAUUUGGUUUAUAGUGUUAGUCUGUAUCCUGAGUUUAUUGUUGUUGUUUAUUUUGAUUGUUCUCUGUGUACGAUAUUGUGGUAAAGACAGGCCGUAUGUACGAGAAAGACGCCCUCUGUAUAAUCGACAGCCCAAAUCUCCAGCACCUUUAACCUAUAUGAUUGAUCCUAAUGGUAGUGUGUAUGAAACAGUAAGUUUUUAG